AUGGAAUUUCGUGUGCGGAUUCCCUCAGUCAAGGCGGAGAUGCACCGGAAGUCUUCCCGACACAUCGGCUUCGAUGCCGGUCCGCCACCCGCACGUGUGGCAAGCUUUCCCACGGAAACAGCAUCAAACACCAAACCGCACAGGAAAUCCCACGUUUCUCUGCAAAGCACGCCUGCAUCUGAUAUCCAACCGGCAGACAUAAUCGUUAGCAUGGCCGUCAAUCAAGUGCCAUCGGCGGCGACGACUCACCCCGCCGUGCCUCCCGCCGGCGUUUGGUGUCCGGCCGUCACCUGCUUCACCGACGACGACGGCCUCGAUCUCGACGCGCAGUCCAAGUACUUUGCGCACCUGUCCAGGUCCGGGCUGGCGGGCCUGGUCGUGAUGGGCACAAACUCGGAAGCCAUGCUGCUCACGCGAGAAGAGCGGUCGCAGCUCAUCGCCACCGCCCGCCAGGCCGUCGGGCCCGCCUUCCCUCUCAUGGCCGGCGUCGGCGCCCAUUCGACCAAGCAGACUCUCCAGCUCGCCGACGACGCGGCCAAAGCCGGCGCCGACUACCUGCUGGUGCUCCCGCCCGCGUACUUUGGCAAGGCCACCACCAUGGCCACGGUGAGGCGCUUCUUCGCAAAGGUCGCCGCCGAGGCCGCCCUGCCCGUCGUCAUCUACAACUUCCCCGGCGUCUGCAACGGCGUGGACAUAGACUCCGACACCAUCACGGCCAUUGUCCGCGACAGUGCCCGGUGCAACCAGGGCGUCUCGAGGGUCGUCGGCGUAAAGCUUACCUGCGGCUCCGUCGGCAAGAUCACCCGCCUCGCGGCGCAGCACAGGCCCGAGGACUUUUCGAUAUUCGGCGGCCAGUCCGACUUUCUGAUCGGAGGGCUGGCUGCCGGGAGUGCCGGGUGCAUCGCCGCCUUUGCAAACGUGUGCCCCAGGUUGACGGCCGAGAUAUACAGGCUCUACACCGAGGGCUCUCGCCAGAGGGCCACGGAGCUGCAGCGCCUGGCGGCUCUGGCGGAGAGCCCGUGCAAGAGCGGUAUCGCAACGACCAAGUUUGCCGCCACCCUGUUCUCUGCCCGGCUGGCGGGCAUCCAGGACGCCGAGGCCAAGUUCCGCCCCAGGCACCCCUACGAGGAGCCGAGCGAGGCGGCAAAAGCCUCUGCUAGAGAGGUUAUGAAGGAGGCCGGAGAGGUGGAACACAUGCUGCAGAAAUCGUCUAUCUGA